CAAAGCAGCUCAGGUUAGAAAAAAAAAACACCGGCAGAGAGAAAUUGCAUUAGAUGUAUGAACUGCUUUUAAUAUAAAGAGUAAAGACAACGUUUGCAGUCAUGUCUGUAAAUUAUGCUGCUGGACUUUCUCCGUACGCAGAUAAAGGUGUCUGCGGAUUGCCUGAGACGUUUGACAGUCCUGAGGAGCUAAAGGCAAAAGUGGAAACGCUUUCUCAGCUCAUUAAAGAAUCUCAGUACUUGGUCGUCCACACUGGAGCUGGAAUUAGCACCUCAGCCGGCAUUCCUGACUUCCGGGGUCCCAAGGGUGUGUGGACACUGGAACAAAAGGGGGAAUCACCUCACUUUGAUACUACAUUUGAAGAUGCCCGCCCCAGUUUCACCCACAUGGCCCUCCUGGGGCUGCAAAAGGCAGGAUACCUGAAAUAUCUCAUCAGCCAGAAUGUUGACGGUCUGCAUGUUAGAUCAGGCUUCCCCAGGGAUAAAUUAUCGGAGCUUCAUGGAAACAUGUUUGUGGAGGAAUGCGAGAAGUGUGGCAGGCAGUACGUGAGGGAAAAGGUGAUCGGCGUGAUGGGGCUGAAACCAACAGGACGUUACUGCGACGUGGUGCGGUCCAGAGGGCUGAGGGCCUGCAGAGGGAAGCUGAUCAGCACCAUACUGGACUGGGAGGAUGCUCUUCCUGACAGAGACCUGAACAGAGCCGAUGAUGCAAGCAGACGAGCAGACCUGGCACUGACUCUGGGCACGUCCCUGCAGAUCAAACCCAGUGGGGACCUCCCACUCCUCACCAAGCGCAAAGGAGGGAAAGUGGUUAUAGUCAACCUGCAGCCUACCAAACACGACAAACACGCCCACCUGCGGAUCAACGCCUACGUGGACGAUGUCAUGAAGCAGCUGAUGGUGCUGCUGGGUUUAGAAAUCCCAAAAUGGGAGGGACCGACCGUCUGCGAGAGCGCCGACGCGCCGUCCGAGACCGCCGCCGCCGACGUCAAGCCCCCCCGCGGCAUUCCCGCAAAGGACGAUGUGAAAAAGGACAAAGUGAAGCAGGAGAGGAAACGAGAAGCGGCACAGCUAACGGAGGACGGGAGCGUAAAAGACGAGAAGGCUUCAGUAAAAAAGGAGCGAGCAGAUUUUUCUGCGGAGACAAUCGAGGAGAAAUAACCUCAGGAUUUCUUUAACGUUUUUUUUUUUUUUUUGCUCCUCAGGACACGAACACAAACCCGUGUAGAUACUUCUUUUCUGAACUGCAAGUUUGAUCGACUUCAGAGAGAACAGAAGUCUGUCUCGUUUAAUGUCAUCUGGAAGAAAAACUCCCGUUGUCUUUCUUGUUUCCACGAUGAAACCUUUGCUGACACUCCCUCCGCUGCCGUAACGAGCAGCGAUGAUCCGACUCGGACACGGCCUCACUACUACCUGCUUUUUAUUUUUUUGUACUUAUUUUUUAUUUAAUUUUUUUUAGGAAGCGUUUCUCCAAACACAAACCCACCCGAACACACACAUGCUCAUGUAAAAUGUACAGGCUGGGUGUUUUGUACCCCCUCCAUCUCAGAGCCUUAUUUCUCUGGGUGAACAAGCGUGAACAGGACAGUACAACGAGUCGGGAUCUGGAGCACGUCGCUGUAGAUGACGCUUUUAAUAAGGUGUUGUAAGUUUGCUGCAUCUCAUUAAUAUUUAUAGCAUGUGCUCCAGAUCUUGUCCCUGCAGAUCUCGCCUUUUAAAGUCUCCUCGGUUUGAUACAUUAUGAAAAGGAAUAUGAAGCGAGCUGCUUCGCCGAGUCUGGCUGACUCGCAGCUCCGGCGCAUACGUACAGUGGGGGGGCGAGAGGUGGGGUGGGCCGGGGGAUUUUAGGUCAUGUUGGAUUUUCGAACCGCGAUUGAAUCAUAAUCGCGCUGUAUGUUUCUAGAAACGAGGUUUGGUUGUAGAAAAAGGGGGAGUUAUGCUCUCUGAAACAAAGGUUGCUUUUAAGGAUUGAUGAUGUUUGUGCUGUGUCAACUUUGUAUGCUGGAGAUCUGUAAACACGUUUUAGGCAGUAAAGCCGUACAGCCUUUGGUCGUUGCAGUUUAACGAGGGAAGGAGCUCAGAGAUGAACGGAUGUUCAACUUUCGGGGGGGGGGGGAAUAGACGCAGACGUCUGCAGACUCACUCGCCGCUGCAGAGAUAGGCAACUUUCUGAGCCAUAUUAAAUGUCAAUUAUUAAAGGAUUUCUGCAGCGAGGAGUCGUGGGAAGGCCUUUAUUGACUGCAAUCUAAAGGAAAUGGAGACUCUGUGUUGCUCUUUGAAUUGUUUGCUCUCUACUGUUGUAAAUGUCUCCUAAAACCCUGGAGGCCCAUAUCUUCCACAAUGAACCACUGGGCUUUAAAUGCAUAAUAAUCAGACCUAUUAAUAGAAAAGAAUAGAGACCA